AUGCAAGUGAAAGGUAUAGAAAAGUCUGAGAACAAAGGUUAUGAAAUAAUUGGUAGUCUUGUUCGUGCAUCCUUGUUGAUGGAUCGUCAUGGAACUAAGAGUGUGUGUAUGCAUGAUGUUGUUCAUGAAAUGGCCUUGUGGAUUGCAUCUGAUUUGGGAAAACAAAAAGAGGCAUUCAUCGUGGGUGCCGGCGCUGGGUUAGGUGAAAUGCCAAAGGUGAAGAAUUGGGAAGUGGUGAAAAGAAUGUCAUUGUGUGAGGAUGGCAUCUACAGGCUCUCUCGAAGUCCUAAAUGUCUCGAACUCAAAACUUUCCUCUUAAAAUCAGCGGGAGUACGAAGUAUCUCGAGUGAGUUCUUUGAAUACAUGCAAAAGCUAGUUGUUUUGGAUUUUUCUCAUAAUGGAGAUCUCUCGGAAUUGCCGAAUGGAAUAUCAAAACUAGUUUCCUUGCGAUAUCUCAACUUGUCAUGGACGCGUAUACGUGCUUUGCGCAUGGAUCUGCUGCAAGCGUUGGAAAAUCUAAUUCACUUGGAUUUGAGGGAAACACAUGAACUUUGGAGUAUUGCUGGGAUGUCACGUCUGCAUAAUUUGAAAAUACUGAAAUUAUCGUACUCUUACUUUUCAUGGGACAGCUACACAGUGGAAGAGUUGGAAACUUUGGAGCAUUUAGAAAUUCUAACCAUGGGAUUCAUGAUAACUCAAAGCUUGGAGCAUUUUUUGAGAUCCCAUAAGCUGAUGAGCUGUACACGGUCUAUAGAGUUCUGGGAUUCGAGGGGUUUGUCAGAUAAGCGGGAACCAUCUAACAUAUCACUUCCAGUAGCUAUGGAUAAGCUUCGAGAUUUCACCAUUCGGGAUUGCAGUAUCUCUGAGAUAAAGAUGGAAAAUCCAAGAAGCCAUGACAAAAUCUUCUUGAACCUCUCCUUCGUGGAGAUAGUUGGCUGCGAUCGCUUGACAGAACUGACGUUGCUGAUGUUCGCUCCAAAUCUUAGAAGUCUUUCUGUUGUACAAGCAUAUAACCUUGAAGAUAUAAUAAACAAAGAGAAAGGUCGGGAAGGUGACCAAUCAGGGAUUGUUCCUUUUCAAAUCUUUAGCUGGAUAAUCUACGGGAGCUUAAGAAUAUCUGUUGGAAUACUCUACCUCUCCCGUAUCUACAAAAAAUCCAUGUAUCAGGAUGUCCAAAUCUGA